AAAACGAGUAGUCGAUUCUCAUUUAUAGCGAAGAGCAAAGCUGAGCUAUUCGCUGUCGCUGAAAUUAUUCGUUACAGUUCUCCGUAUUUUCUGCGAAAAAUCAUUCGGGAUUAACGGAAAAUAAAGAAAAUUUCAAAUGAAGAUUUUUUUUCUCGUCGUUCUGCUGACCGUUCAUCGAUUCGAUAGCAGUUUCGCGGCCUCAACGAGAGCGAAACGAUUGACGGGUCGGCUGAGUGGGAUCCGCCUUCGUUCGCAAUGCACAUCCGGAGUGGGCGAAAUCCGUCUCUUGUUUUAUUCGCUGAAUGGUAACGCGACUGAAGUCGACCUUGACACCCCAGGAUCGGUACCGGUCGAUCCUUCUUUGGAGACGGUUUGGGUGAUCCAUGGAUUUCUCAGUUACGGUACCAAAGAUUGGAUCAACGAUACGGUAUCAGCGCUCCUGAACAGACCCAGAAAUGUUUUCGUCCUUGAUUGGAGGGUCGGUGCUUGUGCGGAGACCGUCAGAUUCCUCAAUAUUCAGUCCUACGGCUCGGCGGCGAAUAACACUAGAGAAGUUGGCGAAUAUCUGGCUGGAUGCCUCGAGAGGCUCGUCAACAACUACUCGGUACUUUUGAAGGACAUCUGGGUGAUAGGUCACAGUCUCGGAGCGCAUGUCGCUGGAUUUGCUGGAAAAGCUUUCCAGCGACAUUUUCCAAACUUCAAACGCAUAACAGGCCUCGACCCUGCCGGCCCCCUCUUCAGGGGUUUGAAUUCCACCGAACGUCUGGAUAAAACGGACGCAAGUUUCGUCGAAGUAAUUCACACGUCAUCUCUUCUGGGUCUACAGGAACCCAUCGGUCACAUAGACUUUUAUUACAACGGCGGCGAAUUUCAACCCAGCUGUUUACUGAAGAAACCAGGAUGCUCUCACGACAGAGCCGUCGACUAUUAUCUCGAGGCGAUCAGAAAUGCGAGUUGUCAAUUUAUAGGGAAAGCGUGGUCGAAAGAAAAAGCUUACCGAAAUACUCCGACGACUUGUGUAAAUUCUUGCGCAUCUGUUGGACCAGCUGCCGUAUACGCUUCUGCGAGAGGAACUUUUUACGUCCAGACCAACAACAGAGAGCCAUUUUGCACUGAUGCGUUGCCGACCACAGGAUCGAUCGUUGCGGCUCCUCAGGGUUCGGCUGGUGGUAAUAUUUGCGGCGAUUUGAACGGAGGAGCUGGUUCAGAGGAUGAACCUUGUUUGAACCAUGACUUUACCUGGUAGAGAUGAAUAUUUGUACUCGAAAGAAUAAAAAAUUUAUACUUUUAAAAUUAA